UUCUGCAUGUUUGUCUUGAGCCUGGUAAAGAAGCACUACCGUCUCCAAUUUUACAUGUUUGGCUGGACCCAUGUGACUCUGCUGAUAAUCGUCACUCAGUCGCACCUUAUUAUCCACAACCUGUUUGAGGGGAUGAUCUGGUUCAUUGUUCCGAUCUCCUGCGUGAUCUGUAACGACAUCAUGGCUUACAUGUUUGGAUUUUUCUUUGGACGCACACCACUUAUCAAGCUCUCCCCUAAGAAGACCUGGGAAGGUUUUAUUGGAGGAUUCUUCUCAACCGUUUUAUUUGGACUGCUGUUAUCUUACGUAAUGGCUGGCUACAGAUAUUUUGUGUGUCCCGUGGAGUUCAACAAUGACACCAACCGCUUUACUGUGGAUUGUGAACCUUCAGAGUUAUUCCAGCUGCAGGAUUACACUCUUCCAUCUAUUUUACAGUCUAUAAUUGGCUGGAAAACUGUUCAGAUGUAUCCAUUCCAGAUUCAUAGUAUAUUCCUAUCCACGUUUGCUUCCCUUAUUGGGCCAUUUGGAGGAUUUUUUGCAAGUGGAUUCAAGAGAGCCUUCAAAAUCAAGGACUUUGCAGACACCAUCCCAGGACAUGGUGGCAUCAUGGACCGGUUUGAUUGCCAGUACUUGAUGGCUACAUUUGUGAAUGUGUACAUUGCAAGCUUCAUCAGAGGGCCUAAUCCAUCCAAACUGAUUCAGCAGUUUAUGGCUUUGAAGCUAGAGCAGCAGCUUUUUGUCUUCAACACACUGAAAGCACAUCUGGUUGACAAAGGACUACUGGCUACCACUGGGGAUGAAGGCCAGAGCCAUUAGUGAAGCUGACAACUCGGGGAAAGAAACACACAAUUAGCAGGGCAAGAGUGAAAGGACAUUCCCUGUCUUGAAACCUUACAAGACAUAACUUCACAAUCAUUUCCUUUCAGCAUCUGAAUUGUGUUUGAUUUAAUUAUGUACAUGUGUUAGGUUUAGUAUAUACAAUUUUAUUUUUUUGACAAGGUUAUGGAUGAAUGGGACAUUUUAUUUAUGUUUUAGAUUUUUUCUUAGGUUGUGUAUGGAUUUCACCUUUGUGUGUUACCUUCCAAAAUAUUUGUAUCUUAAAAUGUUACAAAAUUUUAAGAGCUUUGUGUUGGUAUCCAUUCUUAAUCUAUUGUCUUGAAGGUGAUUUUCUUAUGUAUAAAGCAGCUUGCUGAUUUCCAAAUGACACACAUUACUGUUAGCACAGAAAUUCUUUUUAAGUGUUUAAAAAUUAUAGGAGCCAUAUUUCUUAAUUAUAUUUAAAAUGCUGUUCAAGUUUUAUGUAUAUGCAGUGAUUACUGUUGAAGCCAACUGAGAUGUACCAGCAGCCUUUUAUUUUUCUGAUAGCUGAAUUUGGACUAUUACAUCUAUUAAGAAAGUCUUUUCUUGUGAUCUGAAACAAAUGAGUUUUCAUCUUAGAGUUCAUCUAGUUGGUGGUAGUGAAGGAGAAGUGUGUUUUGGGGCUGAAAUCCGUGGCAUCAGUGGGACAUGAGUUAGGAUUCUUUUUCAUGUUAGAAAGCAUGCAGCUCUUUUUGCAACAUCUGAUGUUAAGGAUUGCUUGCUAAAUCACAUGAUGCUCGGAAACUUGCUUCGUAAUCCUUUUGGCUUAUAUACACAAGUUUUAUCUCAAAUAAAAGUAUUCAUAGAGGGCAUAUUUUUAAGCAAGGAUUUUUCCAAGAGAGUAAAUUUGUAAAUGCUUAAAUCAUCCAGAAAAUGGCACUUGGAUUAUUGACUACACAUUUAUAUAUAUAUAUAUAUAUAUAUAUAUAUAUAUAUAUAUAUAUAUAUAUAUAUAUAUAUAAUGUGUGGGUGAGUUCACAAAGUGUCUUUCAUCUUGUGUAUGUUAACACCAUCCGAAUGGGUGCAAGAUGGCAAAAUAGAACAUGGACUAAGGCUGCAUUUCCCUAGCCUUUCUUAAAUUCUUUGGCCUGUCAUAGUAGCAAAUAAUAGUGUCACCACCGAAAUUUUGAAUUUUAUAAAUUUCAUGGUUUGUUAUAGAACAUGCCAUAUUUUUUUUUUUUGUAGUAUGUACUUGUUUGAGUCAUGAUUAAUGGGAUAAAAAUGUAUAGGCAAUAACCAAAAUGCAGACUGAAUUGCAUCUCACUAUUUUGUUUCAAAAAUUUUCUGAAUGCCUUUUUAAUUACUUUUCCACAGAAGUCAUUGUUUCCCUACUUUUUAUUGUGGUGGUGUUUUUUUUUUUGUUUAAAAUCUGAUGAAACACAAACUUGGCGCAAAAUUGUAUCUUCUUGUGAAUAAUUUAAAAUGUGAAGUGAAUCUUCAAUAUGAAAUAUAGCCUUAAAGCAGCUGUAAAAUGUA